AUGGUUUCAGAGGUACCUACCCCGUCCGUACCCGUCGUACCCACUCCUACGGUAUUCACAGUACCACCAGCGGUGCCACCUGCGGCAUAUUCGGCAUCUCCUUCGAUCGUGCCCACUGCGUACCCGGCACCCCCGCCACUAGUGCCUACGGCAUAUCCUGCACCACCACCACCAGUGCCUACAGUGUACCACGCACCAUCACCACCAGUGCCUACUGCUCACCCUACACCUGCACCAGCAGUAGUAGUUGCUCCACAUCCGGUACCACCACCUACCGCACCUCCAGCCGCACCCACUUAUGUUGACCCUGCAGUGCCACCAGCGGCACCUGCCCCUGUUUAUGCAACAAUACCGGGGAUACCUCCCCCGACCUAUCCAGCGGUACCACCUGUAGUAUCAGCUCCAGGUGAUUCAGAGAAGGAGCACGGAUCUUCUGGAUCGCAAAAUGUGAUUCAGAGAAUGGACCAGUUCACUCAUAAGUAG